UCGAGAGAGGACGUCGCGACCAAGAAGAGGGGCCCCUUUCAAGAGGACGACAAUUCUUCGCCGGACUUCUCCCAUCUCCAGCAGCAAGGUCGAGUUGACUUCACUCAAUUCCUUCCCUGUAGACUCACCGUUCUCAUCAAGCUUCCACCAGGUUUGGAAGAUCCCUUCAAUUUCUUCACUUUCAUCCCAUUGCUGCAGUCUUCGAGAGAGGACGUCGCGACCAAGAAGAGGGGCCCCUUUCAAGAGGACGACAAUUCUUCGCCGGACUUCUCCCAUCUCCAGCAGCAAAGUUUCCUUUCACUUUUUUUCCCCAAAUUUCCUUUUUUCCUUUUUUUUGAGUUUGUGUUUUCAUGUUUGUGUAUUUUU